AUGGCAUGCAAUGUGUACCUAACAUUCUUCCACAAAUACAACUCCGAGCAACUACGCCGGCUGGAAUGGAAAUAUGUCCUCUGCUGUUACGGUGUUCCAUUUGUCCCAGCUUUCGCAUACUUCUUCAUCCAGACCCAAGCCCGAGGCCGGAUAUAUGGCUCCGCCAUACUCUGGUGCUGGAUUUCUGCACAGUGGGGCUUCCUCCGCAUCGCCACUUUCUACGGACCAGUCUGGCUCAUUAUCUCAUUGACCUUCGCCAUCUACCUACGAGCAGGAACGGUGAUUUACCAGAAACGGCGCCAGCUUCGAAACCUCGGCGGCAUCGACUCAGAUCUUGCUCCAGAAUCUCCUUUUGCUAUGUUGACCGGCAUUCAAGUUACAAGGGAGAUUGCUUGCUCGACACCAGAACGCCGGUCUUUGUCAGAAGGUAACGCACGCGGGUUGCCGUGUGCUGCGUUCAGAGCAUACUCGGUCACGAUCGAGGGCGGGAGUACCCCCAGCGCGGUUCAGGGUUCCAGCUCAAAAAUUGAUCCAAGUCCUCUUCAACAGGAGAAUUCUGGCAAGAUUGCGCGGCCAGAGGGACAGGAUUCACAGCGGAGGUCGACGUCUACGGAAGCUAUUUCGGCUACUUGGGCGUAUACGAAAUACGCUAUGUUGUUUUUCAUUGCAUUGCUUGUUACAUGGGUAGGUCUGGUCAAAGUUCAUUACAGUCUGCAAACGGGUGUCGGUUCUUUUCGUGUGUUGAUUGUUCGACAUUGCAGGUCCCCUCGACGAUAA